AAACCAACGGGGGGAAAAAUAAAUAAAACAUGUGAGAAAACCAUUGAAGUUUGGUGAUGGAACAAUAAUAGGGCCACUUUCACCUGUUACUCUCGUUUCUCUGUUUGAAGAUCAAUGGACUCCUCGCUGACUCGGGCGCUCCGGCCGCCGGAGCCGGCUCUCCUCCGCCGGGGAAGCACCUUCCUAGUCGGAGAUGCUCGGAGCCCUCUCCUCCGCCGGCUAAGUCUGAGGCCGACGCCUCAUCCCCCCGCCUGCGCCACCAGGCUAGUCGUCUCUGCCUCCAAGAAGAAACCGCCGAUCGAAGGCGUCAGCGACGAGCUGAAUGCCAUCGCCUCGCUGAACCUGGACCACGCUCCGGCGCGCCGGAGGGUCCGCGACGCCUUCAAGCAGGUCCAGCUGCAGCUCGAUCACUGCCUGUUUAAGCUCGCUCCUGCUGGGAUCAGAACUCAGGAGUGGUAUGAUUGGAGCUCGAAGGGCCUUGAGAUCUUCUGUAGGAGCUGGUUGCCUGAGCCGAAUGUUCAAAUCAAAGGUGCUAUGUGCUUUUGCCAUGGCUAUGGUGAUACUUGCACAUUCUUCUUUGAAGGUAUUGCCCGGCAUAUUGCUGCAUCUGGCUAUGCAGUUUAUGCAAUAGAUCACCCAGGUUUUGGUCUUUCAGAGGGAUUGCAUGGUUACAUUCCAAAUUUUGAUGAUCUAGUCGACAAUGUGAUUGAGCAGUACAGAAAUAUCAAAGAAAGACCAGAAGUGAGAGGGUUGCCUCACUUUAUAUUGGGGCAGUCCAUGGGUGGAGCUAUCGCUAUCAAGGUUCAGCUAAAGGACCCUAAUGGAUGGGAUGGAGUCAUCCUUGUGGCCCCAAUGUGUAAAAUUACAGAGGACGUGAAACCACCAGAACCAGUGGUCAAAGUUUUGACUCUCAUGUCCAAAGCUUUUCCGAAAGCCAAGCUCUUCCCGGCCUUAGAUCUGGCUGAGCUGGCCUUCAGGGACCAGAGGAAACGGAAAUUGGCUGUGUACAACGUGAUCUGUUACGAGGACCGAACGCGACUCAAAACUGCUGCUGAGCUUCUCAGGGCCACUGAUGAAAUUGAGUUGCAAGUAGAGAAGGUUUCAUCUCCAUUGCUUAUUCUUCACGGGGCAGCAGAUAAGGUGACGGAUCCUUCGAUAAGUCAUUUCCUUUAUGAGAAGGCAUCUAGCAAGGACAAGACAAUUAAGCUUUACGAAGAAGGGUAUCACUGCAUUCUCGAAGGCGAGCCUGAUGAAAGGAUUUUUGCAGUCCUUAAUGAUAUCGUUUCCUGGAUGGAUUCUCGGUCUGGCCUCAAAGCUAAUAAUCCUCGAUCGAUGGAAACUGAGCUAAUCCAGGCUGUAAAUCUCCAGUCACCGAGGAGAGAUUAGCAGAGAGAUUUCAUUGUUUCCAGACUCCAUGCUGGUCCGGGGCUACAGUUACUUGUGGUCUCGGUUUCCUCAUAUGAGAGCUCAGAUGAAGACCGUAUCCCUCUUGUGAACUGAGAUGCAUUUGUGACGUGAACUAAUAAGAGCUUGUUCAUGUAAAAUAUACUUUUGAGUUGUAUUGAAUUUCUUUUCUUUUUUAUGUUGUGAUAAAAGUGGUUGGUCCGGUCGGCUCACCCGAUGAACCCAAACCUCUUGAAUCUUGAUUCUUAGUGAAGACAUAUAUCACUGUGUUAUGCCCA